CCCCUUUUCUCUUUUCCCCUUUCACCCGAUUCCCUAACUCACUCUCCCUUUUUCAACUCAGUUCAAAACUCGGUCCCUCCAAACAAUCAUCACACUCACACACACACACCAUAAUAAAUGAAUGCAUUACAAAAGUUAAAGCUCAAAUCUUCAUGUAACAUUAGUAGUAGUAGUAGUAGUUCUAGAUUCUUCUCUGAAUUCUAUGGCGGAGAAGGUGAUGAUGGAAGAAGAAGAUUCAUUGGAAAACGGAACCGGGUCGGGUCAUGGAAUAAGAAGAGUUAGUUCGAGAGCUGAAGUUGAUACGUCAAUGCCGUUUGAGUCUGUUAAGGAAGCGGUUACCCGUUUUGGUGGAAGUGGACCUUGGUUACCUCUCUAUAGGCUUGGUGAAGCUUAUACCAGUAUUGAAGACUUCGACAUAAAGAAAAUCGAGGAACAAGCAGCGAAGUUGGAAAAGGAUUUGAUAAUGAAAGAACUGGAAACACUUGAUGUGCUUGAAGAACUAGGAUCUGCUAAAACGAUUCUCGAGAAACUAAAGCAGCAACUACAAUCCGAAGCACUGAAAUGUUGUGCAACUCAAGAUGUGAAUUCAUGUGAACAGAUUAAAGCCCCUGUUAAAAAUUAUGAAAACAAUGUCAACCAUCGAGAACCAAUAUUGCAAAGUCCAAUCCCCUGCGCUGCUUCAUCGCCUGAUAUGUUCUUAACCGAAUUAAAAGAAGCUAAGAGGAACCUUGGUAAAACUAUAACUGAUCUCGGGACAAUACAAUCUUCUGUCGAAACUUUGAAUAAAAAGAUGAAGAAGGAGAGACUUUUUCUCGAGAGGACACGAGAGAAUCUACAUUCAAAGUUUGCAGCUAUCUCGGCUCAAAAUGUGGCUAAAAAAGAAACCUCAAAGCCACCAGAAUCUCCUGUAGAAAAGGAUUUUACUUUUGACAUUCCACAAAAUGUUGCGAGGGAUUUCAAGUUAGAUGUUGAACAGUACAAUGGAAUGGUUGAAUCAAGAUCCACAGAAGUUUCGAAGCAAGGGAUUGAGUAUGGAGAGAAUGAGUUUAGUAUUAAGAAUGCUGAGAUGAGGUGGUUUGCAGCUAAAAAGAUGGAAGAAGCCGCAAUGGCAGCCGAAGCGGUAGCUCUUGCUGAAAUCAAGGCUCUUUCUGGUGUUGAUAUUUCAUCGCGAUUUUCUACACGAGAACAUCAGAAAGUGACUUCUGCAUUAGAGAUGUACUCUACUCUAAAUCCCGAAUUUCAAAUGCAUGAAGAGUCUAUCUUGAAGAAAAUAAUACAUGCCAAUUUCAAAAUCAAUGAAGCAAGUGCUUCUAAGCUAACUAUUCUGAAAAAAUUAGAGGAAGCAACCGAUGAAGUUCAGCGUAGCAAACAAAUUUUAACAGAAGCUUUAAACGGUAUUGAAAAUGCAAACAGAAAGCAACGUGCUGCUGAAGAGGCUCUAAGAAGAUGGAUUCCUGAAAACAAUGUAAAGGGUCGGGCUAUGCACAACUCAAUUAAGCGAAACAAGUUCAAUGUAGUUCAAAAUCGUCAAGCUUCCAAGCCUGCCGUAAGGUCCUCAGUUUCAAUGAGAGAUCUACUUAGCAGAAAGCAGGUUACUGACGAAUAUACUAUAACAAAAGAGAUGGAAGAGCAUGCGGAAACCAAGGUAGCGUUGAGUCAAAUGCUUCGAUCAUUGAAGGAAAAUCAAACUCUUCCAACUGAACAUGAGAAUGACGGGAGCGAUCAAAAGCAGUCUGUAGCUCAGAGGAAGAUGUUUGGAUUCAUCCGAAUAUCAUUCCCCUUGGGAAAGCGAAAUGAUAAAAAGACAUGAAUUUAAUCCUAAUGCGUAUGCCUCAGCUUGUGCAUCAAUGUGCUGCCAUUCUUAUGUUAUGUGAGCUUUUUGGUUGGGUAUGUGUUGGAGUUUGAUUUUGUAAGUUAUGUUGUUCGUACGAAGGUACUAUAGUAUGUAUUGGGAAUUGAAGUGCAAGUUCAGAUAUUUGUGUGGUUAAUAAUGAGUUUCGUGAAGAUAAUAUACGAGGACAGCUUGUUUAUGAUUUUACCUAUUAAUUUAAGGUAUUGCGAGAAGGUGUGGUGUUAUGUUCCCUCACUCGAGGGGGAGUAUAUUGAAGAUUUAAUGCGAGUUUACAGUCCCAUGUUGGUUAAUGGAUUUCAUGAGGAUGUUAUGAGAAAACAAAACCACAGUCUUAAAGGUUUAGGUGAAAUUAUUAAUGACAUUUCACUAUUUGUAGCAUGUGAUGCAGAUUUCUGUGUUUUUGGAUUCUCUAGACACCAUGAACAUCUUGGUGCUGGUGCACAUCCUAGUUUGAAACAUGACAGUUUCACAAGAUUUUUUUUAAUUGUUCUUUACCUUCUUUCUUUUUUUCUAAUAUGAAUUCUUUGUAAUUGAAUUUUAACUUAUGUUGUGAGGCAAUUGAAUAAAAAGUUUUGAUAUUUCAUA